AAAAAAAAAGCAGAGCAUAGGGAAAUCACUGAUCCAGCACACAUGUUAUCCUCGUGAUAAGUUUUUAAGCAUGCAAUAGCAAACACUCCAAGAUCCGGAGCAGAGGAUCAGGAUCUGGAAGGAAACACGUCCGGUAUCAGGCAAACAAGUCAGUGAGAGAGGGAGCGAAAGAGAGAGAGAGGGAGAGAGAGAGAGGGAGAGAGCGCGAGCGCGAGCGAGCUGAAAGAGAGCAGAGCUGCCGCCUGCCACACGCAGAAGCGCGCGCACAAACGGACGACAGAAGAUCUAUUGGUUUCGUGCAACGGACCUUAUAUUCGUCUUUAAGGAAUAUACUUUGAAUUUGCGUGGGAGGAAAAACAUUUUUGUCUGCUUUAAGACUCUGUGGAGAGAAAACAGGACACAGCCAAAGCGAGUGAAGAAGGGGGGGAAAAAAAGAAAGAGAGCGAGAAAAAGAGGGGACACGGCUGCUGUUCUGGGCGAGCGGGCGCGCGCGCGCACUAGAUACAGCGGAGGACAGAGAACCCAGAGAAAGCAUCAAUGCAUGGAGAGAGCGUAAGUUUAAAAUGCGCACAGCUCACAUCAUCCUGCUCUGAUUUUAAGGGGAUACAGGAACACUUCAGGGACCUUGAAUUGUGUGCGUCCAUGCUGCGGUGAGCUGCUAGGAGUCGAGGUGUGUAGAGUGUGAGCUCAGGUCAUGGUGCCACAUCACACACGGUCGUCUCGUUUCCACAGCGCGGCCAGCCUGCUGCUGCUGCUGCUAGGACUGACUGCACACAUACGGGGAGACAGCAUGCCCAGGUUCAUUAAGUCUCCAGAGGAUCAGACCGGCAUUUCUGGAGGAGUUGCAUCUUUUGUGUGCCAGGCAGUCGGCGAGCCCAAACCUCGCAUCACAUGGAUGAAGAAGGGCAAGAAAGUCAGCUCACAGCGAUUUGAGGUGAUUGAAUUUGAUGAUGGCUCGGGGUCAGUGUUAAGGAUCCAGCCCUUGAGGACACACCGAGAUGAGGCAAUCUACGAGUGCACAGCCACUAACAGCAUGGGGGAAAUUAACACCAGUGCCAAACUCACUGUCCUGGAAGAGGACCAGAUCCCUCAUGGUUUCCCUACUAUAGACAUGGGUCCUCAGCUGAAGGUGGUGGAGAGGACACGCACAGCCACCAUUCUAUGUGUAGCAAGCGGGAACCCUGACCCUGAAAUUGUCUGGUUUAAAGACUUUCUACCGGUCGACAUCAACGGCAGCAAUGGCCGAAUCAAACAGCUUCGCUCAGGUGGUACAGCAAUCAGAGGUGCGCUGCAGAUAGAGAACAGCGAGGAAUCAGAUCAAGGAAAAUACGAGUGUGUGGCGACGAACAGUGCCGGGACACGAUACUCCGCUCCGGCUAAUCUCUAUGUCAGAGACCAGCGGGAAGUCAGGCGAGUUCCCCCACGUUUCUCCAUUCCCCCCACCAAUCAUGAGGUAAUGCCCGGUGGCAGCAUCAACCUUACGUGCGUGGCUGUUGGCGCACCUAUGCCUUACGUCAAGUGGAUGAAGGGUGACACGGAGCUGACCAAAGAAGAAGAGAUGCCCAUCGGACGCAACGUGCUGGAGCUCAAUAACAUCCGCCAGUCAGCCAACUACACCUGUGUUGCUAUUUCCGCACUGGGCAUGAUCGAAACCACUGCGCAAAUUAUCGUCAAAGCUCUCCCUCGUUCUCCCAUUUCUCUAAUGGUGACCGAAACAACAGCAACCAGCGUGACUCUGACAUGGGAUUCUGGGAACCCAGAGCCGGUCUCGUAUUAUGUCAUCCAGUACCGUGCCAAACAUUCUGACAAUGGCGGUUUCCAGGAAGUGGAUGGUGUGGCUUCGACGCGCUACAGCAUUGGUGGUUUAAGUCCAUUUUCACCAUAUGAGUUCCGGGUCAUGGCAGUAAACAACGUGGGCCGCGGUCUGCCCAGCACGUCUGUGGAAACGCGGACUGGCGAGCAGGCACCAUCCUCUCCUCCGCUAAGGGUGCGGGCCAGGAUGCUGAGCUCAAGCACAGCGCUGGUGCAGUGGGAGCCGCCUGAGGAGCCAAACGGUCUUAUCAGGGGCUAUAGAGUAUAUUACACACACGAUGCACACUCGUACGCGCCACUCAGUGCCUGGUACAAGCACAACACGGCUGAUGCAGCACAGCUGGCUACCAUCUCGAACCUGGUGCCUGGCACCACCUACAGCCUGCGCGUGCUGGCAUUUACAGCUGUCGGAGAUGGACCGCCAUCCCACACACUGCAAAUUAAAACACUGCAGGGAGUUCCAGCCCAGCCAAGUGAAUUUGAGGCAGAGGCAGAGCUCGACACUCGGAUUAUGCUGCGUUGGCUCUGGCCUGUUCAGGAUCAAGUAAUUAAAUAUGAGCUCACAUACUGGGAAGCUGACGCUGGAAACAAGAACCAUCUGACCUUUGACCCGGUUGGUUCAUACGCUGUGGAAGGCCUGAAACCCGACACGAUGUAUAAAUUCACGCUGGCUGCACGCUCUGGGAUGGGUUUAGGCUUGUACACACAGCCCAUUGAGGCUCGCACGGCCCAGUCCACCCCAUCAGCUCCUCCUCAGGAUGUACAACUACUCAGCCUUUCUUCUACCAGCAUCAAGGUGAGUUGGGUGGCACCUCCUGCUGCCAGUCGCCAUGGGAACAUUGUGCGCUACUCCCUGGCCUAUCAAGCUCCCUCAGGGGAGGACCAAGAGCGCCACGAGGUGACCGACAUCCCUGCCAAUGCCACCAGCUAUGUGCUUGAAAGACUGGAGAAAUGGACAUUGUACCAUGUGUGGGUUAAAGCCCAUACUGAUAUUGGGCCAGGCCCUGAGAGCAGCAGUACCUGCAUCCGGACGCAAGAGGAUGUGCCUGGAGCUCCUCCACGCAGGGUGGAAGUGGAUGCAGUGAACUCUACAGCACUCCAUGUGUCCUGGAAGCCUCCUCUGGCGCAGAAGCAGCACGGAGAGAUCCGCGGUUACCAGGUGGUCUACUCCCGUGUGGAGGACGGAGAGCCUCGAGGCCAGCCCACUAUUCUGGACAUAGCACUGCCUGAUGCUCAGGAGGGCUUCAUCACAGGGCUGCAGGCAGAAACAUCAUACUCAGUUACCGUUGCAGCGUACACAACUAAAGGUGAUGGGGCUCGGAGUAAAGCCAAGGUGGUAACCACUACUGGGGCAGUGCCAGGUAAGCCCACUAUGAUCAUCAGCACCACAGUGGGUAAUACAGCUCUGAUUCAGUGGCAGCCUCCAAAAGAGACGUUCGGUGAGCUGCUGGGCUUUAGACUGCAGUAUAAACGCCAGGAUGACAAUGAUAACGAUGACAAAUAUGACAGUGACGAAGGCUCGUUCAUCACACGCCACUUCAUGCGCACCGAUGACCACUUCACCGUCACCGGGCUGCUCAAGGGCUCCACUUACAGCUUCAGACUGAGCGCCAAGAAUCGAGCAGGCCAUGGAGAGGAGCACAUCAAAGAGGUCACAACCCCUGAGGACACACCCAGUGGUUACCCGCAAAACCUAAGUGUGGUGGGAUUGAGCUCCACCUCGACAACUCUGGCAUGGGCACCACCACCACUGGUGCAAAGAAACGGCAAAAUUGUGCACUAUGAUGUUGUGUACCGUGACAUCAACAGUGUAAAGAAUCAAACCAACAGUACGACAGAGACACGCAUGAGCAUCAGCGGCCUGAAUCCUGACACCACAUAUGACAUCAGAGUGAGAGCCUUCACCAGAAAAGGACCGGGACCUUUUAGCCCCAGCAUUCAAAGCAGGACCAUGGCCACAUCUGUGCCUGAAUUUGCCAAAAACUUUGGGGUAAAAGCAGCAACAAAGACCUCAGUACUGCUGACAUGGGAGGUGCCCGAAACUUACAAGCCUCAAGUGCCUUUUAAGAUCCUUUAUAACCAGCAGAGCGUGGAGGUGCAGGGCGAUCUGCGGAGGAAACUGAUCACCCGUCUUCAGCCCGACACAGAGUACUCAUUCGUUCUAAUGAACAGAGGCAGCAGCGCCGGAGGACUUCAGCAGCAGGUGUCCAUCCGCACAGCCCCGGAUCUGCUCGAUAAAAAGCCCAGCCGCUCAGCCCAUGAGUCUGCAGUGGGUGGAAGAGUAACACUUACAUUGCCCACAGUGACAGCCAGCGCCUCUGCACGUGUCAGGUGGUACUACAUAGUGGUGGUGCCUAUGAGUCAAGCUACAAUGCACCAAUGGGAAAGUCCAGAGGACAUCAACCUGGAUGAGUUGUUGGAAGCUGGGGUAGAUUCCACCGUGAUGAAGAGGAAGAGGAGGCAGACUGACGACUCCCUGAAGCCAUACAUCGCCGCUAGGCUGCACACAUUGCCCGAGAGCUUCAUCCUCGGAGACGAGCAGCACUACAGCGGCUUCUACAACAGAGCACUGCUCUCUCAGAUCCAGUACCGCGCCUUCAUCAUGGCUGCUCUCCGGGAACAAGACUCCAAAACAUUUGCUACAAGCCCAUUCUCAGACCCCAUCAUGGUGCAGGUGCACAUGUCCCGUCAUGCAGAAGAUCCGGAGAUGCUUUGGGUGAUGGGGCCGGUGCUGGCUGUCGUCCUCAUCGUCAUUAUCGUCAUUGCCAUCCUGCUGUUCAAGAGCAAACAGGAGAGGAAGCGAGCAUCUCCCUCAGUGAAGGAUGAACACACAGCCGGAGUGAAGGACCAUCUGCUGGCCCACUCGUCUGAUCCCGUCGAGAUGAGAAGACUAAACUACCAAACACAGGGUUCCAGUGACCCAAGUUGUCCAGACACUCCAAGGAUGAGAGAGCACCCGCCCAUCCCCGUCUGUGACCUGGCCGAACAUAAUGAGCGACUCAAAGCCAAUGACAACCUCUGCUUCUCUCAGGAAUAUGAGUCGAUAGAUCCUGGGCAGCAGUUCACCUGGGAACACUCCAACCUUGAAGUGAACAAGCCAAAAAACCGCUACGCUAAUGUCAUCGCCUACGAUCACUCUAGAGUCGUGCUGUCACCCAUCGAUGCUAUACCAGGGAGCGAUUACAUUAACGCAAACUACAUAGAUGGAUACAGGAAGCAGAACGCCUACAUCGCUACACAGGGCCCACUGCCGGAGACUGUCAGUGAUUUCUGGAGGAUGGUGUGGGAGCAGAGGAGCAGCACCAUCAUCAUGAUGACCCGACUGGAGGAAAAGUCGAGAGUGAAGUGUGAUCAGUACUGGCCGAGUCGGGGGACUGAAACGUACGGUAUGAUUCAGGUCACGCUGCUGGACACAGUGGAGCUUGCCACAUACAGCGUCAGAACCUUUACUAUUUACAAGACUGGCUCCAGUGAAAAGAGGGAGGUGAGGCAGUUCCAGUUCAUGGUUUGGCCAGAUCACGGCGUGCCUGAGUAUCCUACACCUAUCCUGGCCUUCAUGCGCCGAGUCAAAACUUGUAACCCACCAGACGCUGGGCCCAUGGUGGUGCACUGCAGUGCGGGCGUGGGCAGGACGGGCUGCUUCAUCGUAAUCGAUGCCAUGCUGGAGCGAAUGAGACACGAGCAAGCAGUGGAUGUGUACGGUCAUGUGACCCUGAUGCGCUCUCAGAGGAACUACAUGGUACAAACGGAGGAUCAGUACAUCUUCAUCCAUGACGCACUGCUGGAAGCAGCUGUGUGCGCACACACGGAGGUCCCAGCACGCAGCCUUUACUCACAUCUCCAGAAACUCACAAACAUAACUCCGGGGGACACCGUCACUGCCAUGGAGCUGGAGUUCAAGAAACUGGCUAACUCCAAAGCACACACCUCCCGGUUCAUCAGCGCCAACCUGCCGUGCAACAAGUUCAAAAACCGGCUCGUCAACAUCAUGCCGUACGAGUCAAGCCGAGUGUGUCUGCAGCCCAUCAGAGGAGUGGAGGGGUCCGACUACAUCAAUGCCAGCUUUAUCGACGGAUAUAGACAGCAGAAGGCGUACAUCGCGACACAGGGUCCUCUGGCAGAGACAACAGAGGACUUCUGGAGAAUGCUUUGGGAGCACAACUCCACCAUUGUAGUCAUGCUGACCAAACUCCGAGAGAUGGGAAGGGAAAAGUGCCAUCAGUACUGGCCAGCUGAGCGCUCAGCACGUUAUCAGUACUUUGUGGUGGACCCCAUGGCUGAAUACAACAUGCCUCAGUACAUCCUGAGAGAGUUCAAAGUCACUGAUGCCAGGGAUGGCCAGUCCAGGACUAUCCGGCAAUUCCAGUUCACUGAUUGGCCAGAGCAGGGUGUGCCAAAGACUGGGGAGGGAUUUAUUGAUUUUAUUGGCCAGGUGCACAAAACCAAGGAGCAGUUUGGCCAGGAUGGACCAAUUACUGUUCACUGCAGUGCCGGCGUAGGUCGUACAGGAGUGUUCAUCACUCUGAGUAUCGUAUUGGAGAGGAUGAGAUAUGAGGGCGUGGUGGAUCUGUUCCAAACCAUCAAAACCCUGCGCACUCAGAGGCCAGCCAUGGUACAGACCGAGGACCAGUAUCAGCUGUGCUACCGUGCAGCUCUUGAGUACCUUGGCAGCUUCGAUCACUAUGCAACAUAACUGCUCAUCUGAAAACCUCCGGAAAUCCCUGAAACGCCCCUCAGGAGAGCAGGCGGAUCAUUCUGAGCUACAAUACACACUCCACUGAUUCAGUUUAGGGGUUCAAAGCGAGUAAGAGAGAGAAGGUGAGAUAGGGAGUGAGAGAAGGGAAAAGGAAAGGGAAAAUGUGAAUGGCAAGCAGGGUGCUAACAAUUCCUUCUAGUCCUGCAUCCAUUCCUCUUUCUGAACACAAAAGUGCCGCUCUGGUGUCAAUAUUACUAUAAAACAUGUUAUAGCGUAAUAAUAUCUCUGAAUCCUGCUGAGAUUGAAAAUCUUACUAAUGUUUUUGUUUUUUUCUUUUUAAUCCUUGUUGUCAUAUUAAUCAUCAUAAUUAUUAUUAAUUAUUAUCAUGACCAUACAAUAUACAACUCAACUAUGUAAUUGUUGUCAUUUAUACUGGUAUCUGUAAUGGGUCUAUUUUUAUUCUUAUUUUUUUAUCCUUUUUUUAUAUUUACAUAUUUUAAAAUAAUCUUAUUAUUAUUUGAAAUUCUUAUCACCACACGGUCGUAUAUGUUUAGUACAUAGGCGUGUAUUUUAACACGGCCCGAACACACUGAGCUGCUGAUCAUUUCUUUGUUUCUAUCAUUGUUAUGUUAAUGAGACUGAGAUUAUUCAGCAGGGGAGAGGGUACGAACCUUUACUUCUGGCACCUUUUUAGAACAAAAUUAUGUGUGUUCAUCACGAUAUUAAAUGAUGUGAAUCCAGAGUCAGUGAACAGUGAUACCCGAGAUCUGGGAAUGAUGAAGAGUGUAUAAACUGCGAGUUUGCAGGGAUCUAGGCAAAAAGAAAGAAAGAAAUAAAGGAUCAGACAUGUACCAGGAAUUUUCCUCUUGUUUUAAAGGUUGAGUCAGCGAUUUUUAAAGUCGAAACACUUUAAUGAAGCCCUUCUCACAUUCAAGCAGUUGCCUAUAAGAUACUUGGAGGGAAUGCAUAGCAGAUGUGCUGUGUUUGUUUGGAAGUUUCACAACAGGUAGUGUUAGCUAUCUGUUGAGGAUCCAUUUACACAAAGCUGUGGCCGAUCGAGCAGAAAUCCAAAACAUAUAGGCAGGAAAUACUUUAAAACACAAUUGGUCAUAAAAUAUCUAAAACAAUGUCUCAGACAAGAUCAACAAGGACAAACAAUGCUCUAAACACAAAAAGUUGUACAAAACUUCUGUAUGAGUAAAUGUCCAUGUUGGUUUUUUAUAUAUAUGCUAAAAAGAACUGAACGUAAUCCGGAAAUGACUGUUAGCGGUUGCACUAGUAUUGCAGUGAGCACAAGCCUCCGCUGGGAAUAAAAUGUCCUUGUUAACAAUUUUCAAAAAUCGCUGACAGAACCUUCAAAAAAAAAAAAACUGUUAAAAUGAACCAAGAUAACGACAUGGCUUCUUAACACAGUAUCAUAAUUGAGAUGGACAGGUCUAUCAUGAUGUUUUCACUACAUACAUGCCACACACACACAAGACCACAGAGCACAGUGAUACAAAACAUAAAAGUACACCACAAUGAAUCCAACACAUAAUAAAAAACGUAAUACAGCAGGACAUGACUCUAUGUUCCGUAUGUCUUAGAGUGUGCAAAAUAUUAGCAGGGUAAUCCAAUGUUUCAUACUGUGCUGUUAUCAGCAUAAUUUCAUGGUUGAUUUGAAGCCGCAGCAUGGAACCGUUUUGCAGAUUCUACUGCUCCUGAAGUCCCCUACACGUGGUAUUUUCACCUACCGUAAUCAUCACACGAUCGUAUGUCACUGUGGCUCGGAAGGACAAUAUCACAACAUAACCAAGAAGAAUCACCGGUUUAAAGAAUCUCAAGCGCUUCCCUUCUCUGAAGGCUAAAAGUGAGGUGGAUUUAAACACACUGGACCCGCUCAGCGUUUGAGUCAAGAUGCGAGAGGCUGCAAUCGCUCUGUUGGACAUGCCGUUUGUUUUCUAUUUGUUAAUAAAAACAGAAGAGAAAGAGAGGAAAUAUGUUCCAAAUACCUUGAUGUUAAUAAAGUUGAAUAAUUGGGUUUUGUAUA